UCAUUCUGCAGUAACUGUUGUCACGGUGCUUGUUCUCAGCCCUGUUUUUACUGCCAGCAAAAAAAUGGUCAGCAAGUUAACACAAGAGCAGAUCACAGAGUAUAAAGGAGUUUUUGAGAUGUUCGAUGAAGAGGGAAAUGGAGAUGUGAAGACACAGGAGCUGGAGAGACUGAUGAGUUUAAUGGGAAUUAAUCCAACAAAGAGAGAGCUCAGCCAGAUGGCCAAAGAUGUGGACAAAGAUGGUAAGGGGAUAUUUAACUGUGACAGCUUCCUGGGUCUGAUGGCUCUGUACCAUGAAAGAACCAAGAACCAGGAUGCUGAACUCAGAGCUGCUUUUAAAGUGUUUGAUAAAGAGGGCAAGGGAUACAUCGACUGGAACACACUCAAAUAUGUACUGAUGAAUGCAGGAGAACCACUUAAUGAGAUUGAAGCGGAGCAGAUGAUGAAAGAGGCAGAUAAAGAUGGAGAUGGAACCAUUGAUUAUGAAGAAUUUGUGGCCAUGAUGACUGGGGACUCGUUUAAAAUGAGCUGAAGACGCAGUAAAAGAAACGACUCUCACUUUGAAUCUUGUGGACAUUCUGCAGCAGGUGUGAACAUUCUGUUUAUGUUCCAGUGACAUGA